AUAAAAUCUCAUGGUUCCCUUCUUCCUUUUCUGCACCGAUACCCUCCCGCUAAUUUCGAAACUCCCACUGCUUACUUAAAAAAAACGUACCAUCUAAACCGAGUAAUCAACCGUAACCGGUUAAGCUAUGGACGGUUUACCGACUGACGAGGAGAGGCUAACUCGGAGUGACUCGGUUGGUAAGAAGCGAGUCAGGCACGAGUUGGACGAGCUGGUCAUCAACUCGCCCGAGGUGAAGCGGUUGAGAGACGAUUUGUUCGACGACUCGGGCCAUGACCCAGCCACCCAAGAUCUCGACUCGUUGAUGAAGAGCUUCGAGGACGAGUUGUCGAACACGACGACGGCGCAAGACUCCGGCGAGACUCAGCCGGAUCUCGGAUAUCUUUUCGAAGCUUCCGACGACGAGCUAGGUCUGCCUCCACCGCCACCGCAACCGUCAACGGUUCUUCCUCCGUCGUCUGAGCAAACAAAGGAGACGGAAUUGGUGCGAGCGUCGUCGGAUUCGUCAGAGGUCGGCGAGUUAUGUGGAUUUGAGGAGCCCGUUACGGAGUUUGGACCUUUCGAGCUGGAUGAUGGGCUGUUCGAAUAUUCCGAUGUUUGUUUAGAUUCUGGUGACCUGUUUACAUGGCGGCCGGAGACUCUACCGGCGGAGUAACAAUGUCCCGGAGUUAUUUUAUAAAGAGGGAAAUGAAACGGUAGCGUUUUUAUCUCGCUUAGUCAUAUAGGUUUUCUUUAGAGAAAUCAAAGGCUUUUUAGUGUGGGUUAAUGACUUAGAUUUGUAGUUUAUACCCUUCCUCUCUUUUUCCAGGAUCUGUUCUGUUGAUCUUGAAUCAUCUUCAUCCUGUGUUUUAGCUUUUGUUAAUGUUAAAGACUAAAAGUAUUAUCUGUUUAAUCCCAGAUAUUAGAAUCUGAGUAUAAGUAAAUGUUUAUAUUA